UGUGAACAUUUGCGUGUUGAGUGAAUACUGACGCCCCUGAUUGAAUUGUCUAAAGACCUACCUCAAGUUUACUUUAUCCAAUUGGUCAAUGGUGCGGAAGUUCCCCCCUGUGCCCUCGCGCAAUUGGCUGUCAGUCUUGUCAGUAUCACGACGAACACAAUUUGUCUGCGGGAUGGUUUUACGCUACCUCUGACACGAGAAUGUCCUUCCUUUGCUCUUCGGAUGCCCACGGGUAACACGACAGAUGACGGGACAGUAAAAGCCAAAUCCCGCGAGCUUGGCUCUUCCAGGGCUUUUUGGCGUUUCUUCAUAGAGCGGUUGCCACUCGCCUCACCCGGAGAUGUCUUUGAGAAGAACGGAGGGCGUGUCCAUUGCACAGGCAUUGGCCAUGACGGUCGCAGAGAUACCGGUGUUCCUUUAUUCCACCUUUGGCCAGUCCAUCUUCUCGCAGCUGAGACUCAGCCCGAACUUGAAGAAGGUGUUGUUCGCCACGGCGCUGGGCAGUGUGGCGUUGGCACUCACCGCCCACCAACUGAAGCGGCGCGGCAGGAAGAGGAAGCAGGCCGUCCAGACCAAGGAGGACCAGGUGCCAGUGGGCAUGCCCGAAGUGCUGCUCAGGACGGGGAGGCCGUCGUCGUUAAAGAGAGUUCCGCUGACAGGCCGACAGGUGACAAGCCCCAGUACUCGCAGCAACGACACACUGAGCGGCAUCUCCUCCCUGGCGCCCAGUAAACAUUCAAGCUCCUCGCAGAGCCUGGCAUCGAUGCGAGUCGCGACCUCGCCAAGUCAGUCCGUCAACCCGCAGGCACGCUGGGAGGCUGAGGAGACUGUGGCUGGGGAGCCGGCUGCGGUCGAGGACGCCAAUGCAGAGAAUCUCUAUUUAAUGGGCAUGGAGCUGUUCGAGGAGGCCCUCCGAAAAUGGGAGCAGGCGCUGCAUGCACGCCACGUCCGCAGAAACUUGAGUGCCAGCAACAGCAGCUUGGCGCUGCAAGGGGCAGCGUGUGGAGAUGUCCCCACGAUGGAAGCUCACAACAAAAUGUUUGCCGACAAGCUGGAGACGCUGCUGCACCGUGCAUACCACCUGCAGGAGGAUUUCGGCGGCAGCAUCCCCACAGAGAGUGUGCUGGCCGACUUUGAAAGCGAGGGCACGCUUAUGUUACCCCCGCUGGAGAAUUUCCCCGUGCUGCUGGACGACGAUGCUGCCACUGUGUCAUCCGAGGACUCCUUCUUCUCCGCCGCAGAGAUGCUUGAUUGCAUUUCAAUACAAGACCCCUACCAGCUCCUAAAGCCUGCCCCUCUCUAUGAGGAAGCUUUGGCUCGUGUCAGGGAGGAACGGGUGGCCUACAGGUCGCUGAGAACUGAACUACUUGAAUGUUACGGUGACCAAGACUUCCUGGCUAAGUUGCACUGUGUGAGACAGGCAUUCCAGGUGCUGUUACUUGACGAGACGCACCGCACCUUCUUCAUGGAGACGGGCAAGCAAAUGAUUGCCGGCUUAAUGGUGAAGGCGAAUAAGAGUCCUAAAGCGUUCCUGGAGAGCUACGAGGACAUGCUGUUGUAUACUCAGCGAGAGGAAACGUGGGCUGUCACCAAGAUGGAGCUGCAGGGCCGCGGGGUGGUGUGCAUGAGCUUCUUCGAUAUUGUACUGGACUUCAUCCUGAUGGACGCCUUCGAAGACCUCGAGAACCCGCCCUCGUCCGUGGUGGCCGUGUUGAGGAACCGAUGGCUCUCAGACAGCUUUAAAGAAACGGCUCUAGCGACAGCUUGCUGGUCAGUGUUAAAGGCGAAAAGACGCCUUCUUAUGGUUCCGGAUGGCUUUAUCGCCCACUUCUAUGCCAUAUCGGAGCACGUGAGCCCGGUUUUAGCGUUUGGAUUUUUGGGCCCCAGGCAGCACUUGAGCGAAGUGUGUACUAUUUUCAAGCAACAAAUUGUGCAGUACCUCAAAGACAUGUUCGACCACGACAAGGUGCGCUUCACGUCAGCACAGUGCCUGGCCGAGGACAUCCUAAAACUCUCGCACCGCCGCAGCGAUAUCCUGCUGGGCUACCUGGGCAUCGACGGGCUCCAGGAGCUCAAUGGGGGCCCGCCCGGCGACAUGCAGGGACCCCACUAAACUUUGUGGGGGGGGGGUAGCAUUCUUAUUCCUCCUACUCACUCAUCAGGUUAUCAGCUACUAUCAAGAAGUCCAUCAUGGAACUAAGGACGCGUCUCAUGCUGGACCGGCAGCUGCUCAAACGUCACCUAUACAUAUAUACCACACAACCUAUUGCUGCUUGUUUGCGCAUUUUAUAGUAAAUAUUUACUCAUUUCCAAGGAUUACAUUUUUUCCGUUAAUUCUACUUGAUUCUUGUUGAACUGCAGCUAUUUAUUCCAGUCUGAACUGUGAGAGUGCGAUCGGCACCAUAUGUUCUUCUGCUGUAGUCUGCUGGCCAUCGUGCUCCUAUAGAAGUUUAAAGCAGGGGAAGGGAACCAACGGGCCACGUGGACUCAAUGAGAAUUUUUGAUGCUCCUCCACCCACAAAAUGCAAUUAUAAAUAAAUCCCUCAGAGAAACCCAAAGCAUUUCGAAUGCUUAAAACGUACGCACACAAAAUUGCAAAAAUUAGGAUAUUUGAGGGAAGUUUUAAGAUGAACCUAAAAUGCACUGAAACCUUUACAGGUGAAAGUGUACAGGUUGAGGUUGAAUUCAUAAGGGAAAAUAAAGUUAAACGAAUCUCUGAUGGAUGAUAGCUGCAAUGCGGCUUUUAUGUCAGUAAAACCUAAUUUAGCCAGUCAUUUUAGUGCAGUAGUCAUUGUCACAGUGGAGGCAUGGGUUUGAAGCUCGAGAGGUGGGCUUCCAUGGCCUUUAAUCAUGCCAUAUGUUAAUUGUGAUUAAGAUGUGAUAAACGUUGUACAUAAGAGAUAUUAUUUUUCCCACAAAAUUAUAUGAAGACUUAACCUGGCUUUAUGGUUGUGAUUUUUCUGCUUUCCCUUUUAUUUAUAGCUUUUGUCUACGUGUGCAAUAUGAUUUUCAAUGGACUGGGCCAUGUUUGAGUAAGUUUAAUAUGCAUAAGAAAGGGUAAAGUUACACACAAAAGUGACCUAGAUUCGUUUUGCAGUGUCUUGCAUGGUAAAUGCGUUCAUAUAUAUUUAUAGUCCACAAAAUUAACCUCAUCACAUCUUAUCUUAUGGUGAUUAUUUGUAAUUGCCAAAACACGGAGGAAAAAAAAUGUCUGGUCCUGCCAUGCCUUUUUAAAAUUAUUUCUUUUCAAUGCCUGUAAAAAGUGUAAAUGGAUGUUGAUUCACUGUAUUAAAUGUUAUUUUUGUUUAUUAAAAUACUAUAACACUA